GAACUGACUAGGACCCAGAAGAUAAAAGAUGGGGAGCUCUGGGAUUAUGAAGGAAAGCAUUCAGGACAAGGAGUAUUGGGGGGCACCCCCUGGCCUCCCUGACACGAUGGGGCAUCGGGAUGAGAUGUGCCAGCCCUCCCAGGCGUGGGGCGACCCUGAGCCCAAACACGGCGGCUGCUUUGAGGGAAACCGCCGCCUGGCCUACACCAAGAAGCAACCCCCUGGCUUUGGGCCUUUGUCCUCUGGCAGCGAUGGGGAAGGACAAGGGAAGUGGGGCCUCGCCUCCAGUUGGGGAGUAGAUGGCAACUCCCCCGACGUGGAUCAGAACCAAGCCGGCGGCAGGAGGAAGGUGGCCAGGAGUGGGGGGCGCGCCUGGCCCUUUGACGUGGGGGCCGGCUCCAAUUCCAGAGGGCACCCGCAGCUCUUGGGAGGCCCUUCUUCCAGGCGGCAGAGCUUCCGCCGCCGGCGCCAGAGGGCCCUGCAGGCCUUCCGGAUGCUCCUGUACUCCAAGAGCAGCUCCCCGGCUUUCCAUUGGAAACUGUGGGGCAAGAUGGCCUUCAAGGGACGCCGGCGGUCUGGUCUGAAGCGGGCCCGGUCCUCCGUCUCCCUUUCCCCCAGCUCGCAGCCCGACGACGACCACCUUCCUCUGUACAAGAAAAGUUGCCCCUUAGCGGAAGUAGACUGCCCGGGCGGAGCCAAGCGGAGGCCCCUCCCCUCCCACUUCAAGGCCCGCUCAUCCUCUGAGCCCCACCUGGACUACGAGCUGGAUGGCGCCUUCCCCCGCUCUGCGUCCGUGCCGCAGACCUCCCACCUCAGUUUGCUGGGCGCCCUGAUGGAUGAGGCCUCCCCCUACCCUCAGUACGUGGAGCUGCAGAGGGUCAAUUUUGACAAAGACCCUGGAGCCAUGGAGCUGGAAGAAGAAGAGGAGGAGGAGGAGGAGGCAGUGCUCAAGUACCCUGGUGGGGGAGCCCAGGCCUCCCCGAGAACAAGGAAGAUCGCAGAGGCAGCAGAACACGGCCUGGAUGGAGAGGGAGGCCCGCUGGAUGCUCUUCCCAACGGUUAUGCUGCCCUCACUCCCGACGGCGACCUCUGCUCCCUGCCGGGAGUCGCCGAUGCCACCAUCCUCAUCAGCAACGUCUGUAGCAUCGGCAGCCAGGCGGCCGAAGAGCUCUUCCAGGGCCCUCGGGACAAGGACUGGCUCGAAACAGGGAGCCAGGAGGCGGCCGCCGAGAGCAGCCAGGAGAGGCUUGGCGAGAAAGCAGCCCAGCACAGCCCCUUGAGGGAAGAACACAUCACCUGUGUGCACAACAUCCUGGACGAGUUCCUGCAGACGUACGGUAGCCUCAUCCCCAUCAGUGUGGACGAGGUGGUGGAGAAGCUCGAGGACAUUUUCCAGCAGGAAUUCUCUACGCCUCAGAGGAAAGGCAUGGUGAACCAGCUGAUCCAGUCAUACCAGCGUAUGCCCGGCAAUGCCAUGGUCCGGACCUUCAGGGUCACUUACAAGCGCCAUGUGGUCACCAUGGAUGACCUGCAGACCCUCUAUGGGCCCAAUUGGCUCAAUGACCAGGUUAUGAAUAUGUAUGGGGAUCUUGUCAUGGACACCGUACCAGAGAAGGUCCAUUUCUUCAACAGUUUUUUCUACGAUAAGCUACGAACCAAGGGAUACGAGGGGGUGAAGCGCUGGACCAAAAAUGUGGACAUCUUCAACAAGGAACUGCUUCUCAUCCCAAUUCAUCUGGAGGUUCACUGGUCCUUAAUUUGCGUAGAGGUCAAAAAGAAGAAGAUCACAUAUCUGGACUCCCAGCGUACCCUCAACCGGCGGUGCCCAAAGCACAUCUGCAGAUAUCUGCAAGCUGAAGCAGACAAGAAGAACCGCCCAGACUUCAGAGACGGGUGGAGAGGAGUUUUUCAAAUGAACAUUGCCAGGCAAAACAAUGACAGCGACUGUGGAGCUUUUGUCCUGCAGUAUUCCAAAUUUCUGGCUCUGGGCCUCCCCUUCGCAUUCACACAGCAAGACAUGCCGAAACUCCGCCGACAGAUGUACAAGGAGCUGUGCCAUUGCAAGCUCCUUGCGUGACAAGCUUGCACACACUCAAGACAUACAUACCUAUACAUACACACAUGCACACACACACCCCCCUCUCUCUUCUCCACUGCUGCCGUUGCCGCCUUGGACCGUCGGAGACCCUACUCCCCCUUCCCAGCCACUGGGAGCGGCGCCCACCAGAGUCCUCCUUCCCCUUCUCGGGGCGCAGGUUGUGACGUCAUCCCACUCGGGGCGGCUACAGAGGACUUUUAGGUCACUGGAACUCUUUAAGGUUUGAUAACCGGACUCAUCAAAUUUUGGUUGGGGGGGAUUUGUUCUUUUUUUUUUUAAUCCAAGUUGCCCCCUCCCUUUCUUCUCUUCCUGGUCUUUCUCAUUUUUUUGUUUUUGUUAAUAUUUAAACCCAAUACAGGGUGAGAUUUA